AAGAGUAUUCAAAAUUUCCCUUCUUUCUCUUUUAUCUUCUUAUUUAUAUCUUUUAUCGACAAAUAAUUUUUUUUUUCAGUAUUUGUCAUUUGAUUCAAUGGCUUCUUCAUGUGGUACUCAACUCGAUGAAAUUGAAAAUCAUGAUGAAUUAACCCCUUUACAAAAGCAUGUAAUGUUCUUUGAUGUCAACAAAGAUGGAAUUAUAUACCCUUGGGAAACAUAUCAAGGUUUUAGAAAAUUGGGACGUAGUAUUUUUCGUUCUGUUUUAGCUGCUGUGCUCGUCCAUCUUGUUACUAGUGGCAAAACUCGACCCGGAAAAUGGCCCCAUCCAUUUUUUCCAAUUGUGAUUAAAAAUAUUAAAUAUGGGAUGCAUGGCAGUGAUUCUCAUACCUACGAUUCUGAAGGAAGAUUUGUACCUGAGAAAUUUGAGGAGAUUUUCAAGAAACAUGCACAUGAAAAUUCAGAAUAUUUAACUUCAAAUGAAGUAGAUGAAUUGCUCAAGAAAAAUAGAGAACCUAAGAACUACUUUGGAUGGGUUAAUGCUAGAACAGAUUGGAGGGUUUUAUUUGAUGUUGGGAAAAACAAAGAUGGUGAAUUAACUAAAGAAGCAAUAAGAGAUGUUUAUGAUGGAAGCCUUUUUGAACAAAAGGCAAAAGAACUUGCUACUAUGAAGUAAAAUAUUGAAUUAAAUAUGUAUAUUAAUAAAUUUAUUAAAUUUAUACUAUUAUUGUCUUUCCAAUCUUGUUAUACCUUUUUCAUCAUUUUUUUAAAAUUAAUAUGUUUGAUUCGUUGGGAA